AUGAAUUAAUAGAUAUCAUAAGAAUAUUUCAUUCAUAAGUUUGCAUCUAUCUCAUUGAGCGAAACUGAUGAUGACAACUCCAAACAUGGCAGUCCAGCUUUAGAUUCUCGAUUAUUGGAGUUUGUGAGUGCUCUUCCACAACACAUUAAACAAAAAUUAGAAAAUUUCAAACCUCACCCAGACUUUCAGGUUUCAAAAUAAAGUGAUGAAAGUGUAUACUUUGGUACAUUGGAGUCAGGACUCAAACAUGGGAAUGGUAUUUAAGUGUGGCCACAAGCUGGCAAUUUAUUAAUUGGGACAUGGUAAAACGAUUUGCUCCAAGGAUUUUGUACAAUGCAUUAUAGGAAUGGCGAUAUUUUCGAAGCUCAAUUCUAAAAUGGCUGCACAAAUGGUUUUGGUAUGUUUAUAUCGGAAAAAAAAAUAGUUAAAGGAAUAUGGAUCAAUAACCAGUUAGAAGGAGAAGCCCAGGAAAUUAAGAGUGAUGGAACAAGAUUUUAUGGGCAAUUUCAUAACGGCAAGAAAAAUGGUAGAGGCAUUCAAGUGUUCCAGGAUGGAUGCAAGUAUGAAGGAUCGUUUGAAAAUAACUAAUUCUAAGGCGAUGGAACAUUUCAUUGGAGUGAUGGAAGUUAUUAUUAAGGGUAAUUUCAGAAGGGUCUAAUCAUGGGGUUUGGGAAUUAUGUAAACAAUAAUGGACUUCUAUUGAUUGGACAGUUCUCUGAAGUCAAAAAAACAUAAUCGAAGGAGGUUGGUCUCAAUAAAAAUCUACAGAGCAUUAUGUACAUCAACCAGUACAAUUAAAGUCUUUUAAUUGAAAAGAUACAUCUUCUCUGA